AUGUCUAAAACGAUACGAGUACUGCAGAAAUUUGCAAAGUUUAUAGGACCCGGUGUUAUGGUGUCUGUGGCAUACAUGGAUCCAGGUAACUACUCUACGAGUGUUUCCGGUGGUGCUCAAUAUAAAUAUCAACUAUUAUUCUCUAUUUUCAUAUCGAACCUUUUUGCCAUAGUACUACAAUGCCUCUGUGUCAAGUUAGGUACCGUUACAGGUUACGAUUUGGCUGAAAACUGUCGUCGUAACCUUCCAAGGAAGAUAAAUUUGACGUUAUAUUUCUUUGCUGAAUUGGCUAUCAUUGCUACAGAUCUGGCAGAAGUUGUCGGUACGGCUAUUGCACUACAAAUUUUAUUCGGUAUACCAUUAACUUGGGGUGUCAUCUUAACAGUUUUGGAUGUCCUUAUCAUCCUAAUCUUUUAUAGACCAGAAGCACAAUCCAUGAAGAGAGUGAGAAUUUUCGAAUUCUGCGUUGGUCUAUUGGUCUGUGCCACCUGUUUCUGUUUCUUGCUAGAAAUGUUCAAAAUCUCCGUUCCAAAUAAGUUAACUUUAAUGAAGGGGUUCCUUCCAUCAAAAGUCAUUUUUGAAGACCAACAAGCAUUAUACAUUUCAUUAGGUAUUCUUGGUGCCACCGUCAUGCCACAUUCUCUUUACCUUGGUUCUGCAUUGGUGAAACCAAGAUUACAAGAACAUGAUAGAAAGAAAUAUGGUAGAGUGGAAGACCGUCCAAGUUUAAGCGCCAUCAACUAUUCUUUGCAUUACGCUUACGCCGAAUUAAUUAUUUCAUUAUUCCUAAUCGCUACAUUCGUGAACUCUGCCAUCUUAAUUGUCGCAGGUGCAUCAUUAUUUGGAAAACCUGAGGCAGCUGAUGCCGAUUUGCUAUCUAUUUAUGAAUUGUUGGUUAGAUAUAUUUCUCCAGCUGCUGGUUUAAUAUUUGCCCUGGCAAUGUUAUGUUCCGGUCAAUCAGCAGGUAUCAUAUGUACAAUGGCAGGUCAGAUUGUAUCGGAAGGUUUCCUUGAGUGGUCUUUGCCACCAUGGGCAACAAGAUUGGUAACAAGACUAAUUGCUAUUGUCCCAUGUCUUUUCGUUACAUUAACAAUGGGUCAACGUGGUAUCUCAGAUAUUUUAAACCUCUCACAAGUGGUUCUUUCAUUAAUCUUACCGAUCGUGUCAGCUCCAUUGAUUUAUUUCACAGCCUGUAGAAAGUUAAUGACUGUACCUGAUGUUUAUAAUGAAAAUGAAGACAGUACCACAAAUUCUAAUGGUACUGAUGUCGACGAAACUACACCUUUAAAUGCCAUUCACAAGAAGAGAAAUGCCGACUUUACAAAUAGUCGUUGGUUAACAUGGUUGGCAGUAGCUAUUUGGGCCACCAUUGGGGGCCUAAACUGUUAUUUAGUCGCCUCUUUCAUAUUUGGUGCAGAUGUUCAUUUCUAA